AUGUACGCUCUGAGUACAAGUGAAGUUGAAUUUAUCAAAGAAGGAGUUUCUGUGAAUGUCCGAACGGAUGGACGGAGUGUACUACAAUUUCGUGAGUUUCGAUGUGAGCGCGACGUUAUAGAUCAAGCGAAUGGAUCCGUCCGAUUUUUCUUAGGACGUACCGAAGUUGUAGUUGGCAUUAAAUGUGAGUUAGAAGAACCCCAAGCUACGUCCAGUAAUGAAGGGCGAUAUACUGUUUUAGUGAGAAAGUCUGGUGCAGACAAUGUUCGUGAUGUUUCCAUCGAGCAAAUGAUAACCGUUUCCUUAGAAAACGCCGGUAAAGAGAUGUUAAAGAAACUUUGUGUCUCUCCAGGCAAAUUGUGUUGGGUCGUCUACGUCGAUGCAAUCGUCGUAGAAGAUGACGGUAAUGUGAUGGAUUGCGUUUCCCUUGCCGUUCGAGCCGCACUCCUCUCAACUUUAAUUCCUGUCGUCACCGUGAUAUCGGGCGAUGCCGAGGAAGUUCAAAUCGAUAUUAAUAAGGACAACGUUCAAUUCAUUCACUUCGAGCCAUCCGCUCUUCCUGUAUGCGUGUCUUUAGUAUUACUCGAUGAAGUUUAUGUAGUAGAUCCUUCACACACAGAAGAAAUGUGUUCUGGUGGUGUCUUAACUACCGCAGUGACUGAAAGUGGACUUGUUUGUGGGAUACAGAAAGGUGGAGUUGGGUCAUUCAAAGUGAAUGUGUUGUAUGACAUGGUGAUGCAAGCCCAGACAAUUGGGUUAAAGGUCAUUCACGACCUUGACGAUAUCCUUAUUGAUUGA